GCAGCUUUCACUUGCCAGCCGAACGGGCGCCGCAUCAAACGCGUCAACAGUUGCAACUGCAACAUAUUUGCUAAAAACAAGUGUAAAUGCACAGUUACAACAAAUCCUUGCAAGUGAAUCGUCAAUCAAUCAACGCAUAACAAAAUGAAAGUGUUUAUACUUAUUUCGCUGUUUGCCCUUUCGUGCCAUGCCCAGCAUCAGCACCAACAUCAGCAUCAGCAUCAUGCACACCUAAAUGCGAACAAUAUUCCGCGCGAUGAGAAACCUGAUCAUCGCCAUGAGGAUCUACGCGAGACGAGCACCUGGAUACCCAUACUGAAGUACAACAAGGAACAGAGCGAGGAUGGCAGCUACAAGACCGAAUACGAGACCGGCAAUAACAUAAUACACGAGGAGACGGGCUUCCUCAAGGAUUUCGAUACCAAUCCGCAUGGCGUUUUAGUGCAGCACGGCCAAUACUCAUACCAAUCGCCGGAGGGAACCUUGGUCAAUGUGCAAUAUACAGCCGACGAGAAUGGUUUCCGUGCCACGGGAGAUCACAUACCCACACCGCCAGCCAUACCCGAGGAGAUACAAAAGGGUCUGGAUCAGAUCUAUGCGGGCAUCAAGCUACAGCAGGAGCGCCUAGAGCAGCGCGCCAAGAAUGAUCCCAGCUUUGCCAAGAAGCUGGAGGAACGGCGUGUGGCCAAUCAGAACGGGCAAUACAUUGGCCUGCUGGAGAAUCAGUAGAGAGUCGACGCAACCAAAACCUCUCAACCAGAUAACGUGCUGCAUUUCUGAUCCAAAUUUCUUAAACUAACUAACAACUGUGAUUUCUGCUCAAAAUUCUAAAAUAUCUACCAAAAUAAUCAUACCUUAAAAACAGCCACAGCACAAAUAUUUAUGUUAACGAUCGUGAAAGUUUUGUUGAAUAAAUGAAAAGAAAA